AAAAGUUGCGCGCUCUCUCCUUUUGCGACAUCCUAGCGAUACAGACGUGGUAAGUGUUUGUCCAAUUUGUUUAUAAUUCAAUAUUAUAUGAAACUUUUGGUUUUUUUUAUUUAAUAUUUCUGUGGAAUAAUUGCGCCGACCGUUUCCCCACGGCCAACCACAUCUUUGGAACGAGCAAGCACCGUGCUCCACCACCCGAAUUAUCAUUGGUGCUUCGAGCCGGAUAACAGGUAACAAGUUGAUUUUUUAUUAAAGAAAAGAUUAAAAGAAAGUGCAUAAUUUCCCGCUUUAGCAACUCGCAAGUUACAGCCAAACAUAUAUUGGAUUUGAGCUCUGCAAGCUAUAAGGCAAUAGAUUGGUUAAUUUGUGUAUCAUUUAUGUACAAAACCCAUUGUGCUGUGUGAAGUGGAGACCAAAACUUAUUUUUGGCACUCUACCCACAAAAUCAAAGCACAAGAUUGCAGGUAGUAUUGUACUUCAUUUAAGUACAACAACAAAUACACCUGGCAAAUGCACUUUGCAAAAAAAACCACACUCUCUGUUAUUCGAGAGAGUAUCAAAUCUCAAAGGCGAGUUGAGUACUCAACCCAAAGUUAAGUCGGCUGAUGGUGAAGAUCGGAUACCAACCUUGCAGUCAAGGAUUGGAUCUAAACCCCUCAAUGCCCACCACGCCAAGACAAACAAUAUCAAAUGUAAACUGUGCUCAUCUCAAUCGAACAUUUUGAAAACUUGUCAAAGAUUCAUUGAGAUGCAGCUUAAUGCACGAUUAAAUGCUGUCAGAAAACUCCACGUCUGCCUUAACUGUUUAUCAGACUCACAUGAAGUCAAAAAUUGUAAAAGUAUGUUUAAUUGUAAUAAAUGUAAACAGAGACAUCACUCUAUGAUUCACCGGGAUCAGAGUGAGGGAGUAGCCCAGAUAUCUGACAGCACAGACCCUACUGAGAUUUCCACUAAAUCUCAUGUGGCCUCUAUUAAGGCCAAUGCUUCGAAUAUGCCUACCAGUCGAAGCACGCUCUUAGGUACAGCCAUGGUGACCAUAUGUCACAACGAUAGCGCCUUCACUGUCAGAGCCCUGAUCGAUUCGGGAUCUGAAGGGACCUUCGUAAGCGGAAGUCUACAAAAACGCUUAAAUCUGACAAGAAAAAAGGUCAGCACCCGACUUUCAGGAUUGAAUAAUACCGUGCCAGGACAAGUUCAAUCGGUAUGCUCGAUCACAAUUGGCUCGCCCCGUAACAAAAGUUUAAGACUAGAAGCGGAAGCGUUGGUACUGCCAAAAUUGACUGGACUGCUUCCAUCCAGAUCAAUAAACCCUUCAAUUGUCAAAAGGUUACCUAAUAUCCCCUUGGCGGAUAAUAAUUUCUAUACGAGUCAAAAGGUUGACUUGUUGAUCGGAGCAGAUCUUUACCCGAAAAUUAUACUAAAUGGGGUAAACUCGAAAAUUUUUGGAUCCCUCGUAGCACAACGUACAGUGUUCGGUUGGAUUAUAACAGGUUCCGUUCCCUCUGAAGAAACGAAGAUAAAUGGCAAAGGCGACGGACAAAAUUCAACAAUGACUCAACAACAAACACAAAACCAUUUUUGUAGUAAAAUUAAUACUAAUUUUAUAUUUUUACAACAGCAACAACAUCAGCAGCAUCAACAGCAGCAGCAGAAACAACAGGAUCAUGCCAGCAAUGAUGGCGAAACAAAUGAUGCGCUCGGCUCUUCGAAUCACACCGAUAUCCAUGGUGGCGUAUUUCGAGCACCCGGCGUUGGGAUGCAAUCUUACAACGGUGCCCACGUAUCUGGCAGUAGUUCGUCACAACAACACAACAUGCUGCAGCCGCAAUGCAACGAGAAUCCGCAAAAGCAAAAGAACGGAAGAAUUGUGAUCCAGAUAAACUCUUCUUGCUCUCACUUUACGAGGAGAUCAAAAGUGUGCCCGAAGAGAUACGACUCGUUGUCAAGGGCGAACUCAUACAUGUGCUAAAAAAUACCGGAAGACACCAUCGUUGAAACAGAAAAAAACCCAACCACAAAUGACAAGGUACAAUUGUCACAGCAUGCGCAAAUAUUAGCAUAUAUCAGCUGCAAACGUUGCGGCAACCCACACCACACGACAUAGCCACAAUCUCAAGUCGAAUGCGUAUCGGCUUCAGCCGUAGCACUACUCGCCCAACAAUGGAAAUGGAAGCGAAUUCAUUGACAAUCGGCCCUACGUAUUCGGACCCUUCUCAACCGUGUCCAACGACGUCAUCAGCUCUGACCAACGAUGCCUCUCCCGCAUACCACACGCCCAAGAUAAUAAUAAUACCCAACGGUUACCCUCCUCCCGCCCAACCGACGCGAGGGGCGUAAUCCGCGAAUGAGCGGAAUUAGCCGAGUCAUAAAAGGCAAGAGAGUUUUAAGCGUUGCAAUCUUAAGCUGCUCAGCUACAGAAACAAAAAUUUCAACAGCCAAAAUUAAGAAUUAAAUUAAAGUUUAUAAUUUUACUUGUUAAGAGUAGAUAAAAUACUGUCUGUUAAAUCAAAUGUGCUGGAAUGAAAAUUGAAAUCAUGACAUAUACGGCGGAAUGGUUCGUUUAACUCAAAAUUCGUUCUAGAAAAUUUUAAAUGUGAGGGUCUAAACUGCCUGGUAGAGCGAGCGGGGACGUUAAAAUUAAUAUCAGAUAAAAGAGAUGGGCUACAGAUCGAGCCAGACUCGAGUCGUCUCGCCGACUUCGGCGUGCUGGUAACUUCUUUUCGGAUUGGCGGAAUGGCAACGAUCGACUGAGACUCGAUUCGUCUCAGCGACAUUGCCCGGACCGAGCGGAACUCGAUUCGUUCCACCGGCCGCCCCAUCCGAAGCGAAGGGGUGGACGAGACGCUCGACGUCAAGCAGAUG